GAAAGAGGGGGUGAGAGAGGGGGGAGUCGGGAGAGAGAGAGAGAGCACGUUUGAUUUUAUAAAAGGGGGAGGUGUUGGUAUUGCAUCUGAUCACUCUACUUGGUGCGUCGCGCAGAAAGGGUUGGUGUUUUCGUGUGAGAAAGUGUUAGUGGGGUCUGAAGAAGCAUCGCAUAUCACCAUUACACACGAUCCUUUAAAAAAUACUGGAGAGAAACGCUACUGGAGAUGAAGUUGCACAACUUCUAUUGACAAGAAGGACCCAUGGAGUGUGUGAUUUAAUCUAUAGCAGUUUUGAUCAGCCUGCAUCUCUGGCUUGUCUACCUUGCCCUACAGCUUUUGGAUCAACUGUGAGACACGUUUUUUUCUCCUUCAGUUUGGAAAUGAUUUCCUAAAGCUUCCGGCACAUACCCAAGCUGUUUAUACAGUCUGAGUUGUGGAGAAUAAUGCACCUGCAUAUAUGUUAGUACGGUUCCUGACGGUCGAGGACACCUUGGAUGAAGACGUCAGAAGACAGAGGAUAAACAUACUUCUCAAUGGACUAACCACUUUGAUUUUCUGGGAAAAGUGCCUAAAACAAGGUGGCACAGGGACGAUGCAUCAAGGAGUCUGAUAGCGCCAUGGGACCAGGGCGACUUUGGCUUCUGGGCGUGACGGCUGCUACCCUGGUCUGCCUCCUCCGUAGGUCCCAGGGUGCUGAUUCGCUGGUUCAUGGCAGACUGGGCGGAGCAGCUGAGCUGGGCUGCAGCCUGGCCCCGCCUUCUGCUAGUGGCCCCGCCCAACACCUCUUCCCCCUGCACGUGGUGGAGUGGGUCCGUUUGGGCUACAACGUUCCCAUCCUCAUUAAAUUUGGAGAAUACACCCCCCGCGUGCACCCGGAUUAUAAAGGCCGGGUGGCCUUGAACCGCGGGGCCUCGCUGCUGGUGCAGGACCUGCGUCUGGAGGACGAGGGCUGGUUCGAGUGCCGCAUCCUGAUGCUGGACCGAGCCACGGACGAGUUUCGCAACGGCACCUGGAACUUCCUCUCCAUCACAGCUCCACCUGUCUUUGUCAAAACUCCGGCCCUUUUCCUGGAGGCCCUGCAAGGUGAUUCUUUGAUGCUCACGUGCAGUGCCCAUGGCAACCCUCGGCCAACUGUAACCUGGGAAAAAGAUGGCACUCCGGUUGAAAGACAAUACGGACUUGAGAUGCUCAAUGGUAGUUUGUCGUUAGCCCCCGUGACUAGGGAGGUGUCAGGAAUGUAUAAAUGUCACGUCUACAACUCCGAAGGAAAUUUGACUCACACUACACAGCUGCUAGUAAAAGGCCCUCCCAUCAUUAUCAUUCCCCCGGAAGACACCAUCCGUAACAUGUCCCAAGACGCCGUGCUGCGGUGCCAAGCGGAGGCGUACCCAGCCAACCUGUCAUACGUGUGGGCCAAGGAGGGAGAGAAUGUCUAUCACUGGCAGUCGCUGAAGUCCCGUGUGAAGGUCCUAGUGGAUGGAUCCCUCCUUAUCCCCAACCUGGUCCCAGAAGAUGCUGGGAACUACACCUGCGUGCCCAGCAAUGGGCUCCUGACUCCGCCCUCCGCCUCGGCCUAUCUCACUGUGAAGCACCCUGCCCAGGUGGUACGGAUGCCUAGGGAGACCUACCUGCCCGCAGGGAUGGGUGGGGUCAUUUCCUGCCCCGUGCGAGCGGAGCCCCCAAUGCUCUAUGUCAACUGGACCAAAGACGGGGACGUCCUAGACCUUGACAUGUACCCAGGCUGGAUGGUGAACUCGGAGGGCUCGGUGUUUGUGGCCACAGCCAAUGACAACGCGGUGGGCGUUUACACCUGCACUGCCUAUAACAGCUAUGGGACAAUGGGCCGUUCGGACCCUACCUCUGUGGUUCUGCAGGACCCGCCCUCAUUUAAAGUGACACCCCGUGCUGAGUACCUGCAGGAGGUAGGUCGGGACCUGCUCAUCCCAUGUCAGGCUAAUGGAGAUCCAGUUCCUAACAUCACUUGGAGCAAGGUGGGUCCUGUUCCACGUUCCCCAUACACUGUAGCGGCAAAUGGCUCUCUAGUGCUGCAUCCUGUCAGCAAGAACCACCAGGGGGAGUGGGAGUGCCAUGCCACCAACCGUGUGGCCUCCACGACAACCAGCACUAUUCUCCUCGUGCUAGGCACAAGCCCCCAUGGUGUGUCUUCAGUGUCUAUCAUCCCAGGCGUGCAUGAGGCCAAUGUGUCAUGGGAGCCAGGCUUUGAUGGAGGCUACAUUCAGAAGUUCUCUGUGUGGCUGAAGCAGGCGUCCCGGCGUAAGCAUGAGUGGACCUCUCUUCCCGUGCCUCCUUCCAACUCAUCCUUCUUGGUGACUGGCCUGCUUCCUGACACCAGCUAUCAGUUCAGCAUUCUACCCCAGAACAAGCUGGGAUCAGGACCCUUCAGUGAAAUCAUUACGGUCAAAACCUUGGUUCCCCCUACAGAUCCACCCAUAGUGGUGACUUCAGCACCAAAACUGCCCCCGCCAUCCUUCCUGCUGGUCAAUCAGACCUCAAAAGGAAUUUUGCUGCAGUGGGUCCCGCCCCCACCUCAGUCCCCACCAAUCACUGGCUUCAUGCUGCAGGCACGGCAAGAGAAGAGCCAGUGGGGGAUCCUCAAUGAGGCCAUCAGUGGAAACAGCAGUGAGAUACUUGUACAAGGUUUAUUAAAGGACUCCAUCUAUGAGCUCCGGCUGCUGUCGCUCCGAAAUGAGGUGGUGGGCGAGCCCAGCGAGUCGGUCAAUGUCUCCACCGUGGGUAUGGAAAUAUAUCCGGCACAGACAAGCCUGCUGGAUUUCAUCCCCGAGCCGAUGCUGGCCGGCGUGGUGGGAGGGGUCUGCUUCCUAUUUGUGGCCAUCAUUCUGUCUCUGGUGACAGCAUGCAUCAUGAACCACAGGAGGGAGAAGCGCCGGCGGCGGCGGAGGGAUGAUCUCCCCACUGCCCUGCAGAAGAGUCCACCUCCAGAAGCUGGCACGCCUACUGACAGCCCAGAUAGUGUCUUAAAGAUGAAGCUUUGUCCUCCCCUCUCCUUCUUCCCCGGCUCCUCUGCCUCCCAGUCGGUCCGCUCGUCCUUCGACAAGGGCAGUCGCAGCGAAUACCAGGACCAACGGCAGCAGCUCUUAUCCAGCUCCUCACCCCCUCCACGCUACACCCUCUUCGAAAGUCACUUUGGGGGCCAGCCCCCGCCAGCUCUCGCCCUGGAGUCCAUAUCCCGUGGCCCUGAUGGACGCUUUAUUGUUCAACCCUACGAGGACGGAUCCACGCCAGCUCACAUUAAAAGAAGCCUAAAAAGAGACUUCCCACAAUGCACAGCAGACGGAAGCGGUUCAGGAAGCGCCAAGGCAUCUGAACAGGUUUCUCCAAGGUCUGACUUACCAUCUUAUGAGAAGGAAGAGAAGGAGGAUAGACCCGUGGUGUUGUCUGUGGAUAUCCCAGGAGACAAACAGUCUCAACAAUCUCCUGGACGUGUGAAAGCCAUGGGCAAAAAUUUUUCCCAACAUGGCUGCUUCUACUCAGAUGAUGAGCAGGGCUGCUCAGAAGGACUGCUGGACCAAACCAGCUUCUACUCUGACAGCAGCGAAAUAAGAGCUUGUGACUCGCUGAAAAAGUACAGCUGUCGGGGCAACCCAUUCCAAACCUUGAGAAACCAAGCCAGGAAUGUGGAGCAGAGACAGGACAGGAGGAGAUAUGACCCUUCCAACUGCCUUCCCACUGGGCCCUUGAGGUCGAAAACAGACUGGAAGCGUGAAAGCAACAGCCUGAACAAGUGUCUGAAACUUGCCCAGGAAAGAAAAGAAAUGGAGAAGGAACUGGAAAGGUACACAAGCAGCCGGGAUGCUCAAGAGAAAAUGAAAGAACCACAGAAAACAGAGAUGGAAGCUGAAGAGGAACCUGUGUGGAAACUACAAGAUAUCACUCUUCGCCCAAAAAGUGACAGAGGCAGCAGGCUAUCUGAUAAUAGGAAAGGCUGCUAUUUUGGGAACACCAGCAGCCCCAUGGUACGGACCUCUACUUCCUCAUCGUACAUUCACUGGGACAUCAGUCCUGUCAGCUCUGUCACUGGCCUGGUGCCUGUUCAAAGUCCUGCAGAAAAGCUUCCUCUGAUGUCCCAGUGGUCAGCUUCUCCUGCAGCUGAAGAAAACUCCACAGUUCUGCAGUGUUCCCAGUCGCCAGCUACGCAGUGCACCCAAUUGUCACUUUUAUCCCCUGACUUAGGUGGCUCACCCAUGUUUCCUGGAGACCUAAAGGGUUCUAAGUCAAGGUGUCCAGAGAGAAGGUCGGAGGUAGAGGAGGAGAGCAUCUGUCGGAGGCUGGUGCCAGAAGAAGCCGUAACAAAAAUGAUCAGCAAAAAGUUUAAUUUGGAAGAAACUGAUGAAAGAGUCACUAAUUCAGAUAGAGGGAACCUACACUCAUGUCCAGCACCAACAUGUCAUGAACAAGUGAAACUAAGUCAGGCGUCAGUCUCCCUCAAUACAGAGAGGGAACCACAGAAGAGCUUUGGUCCUUAUAUGGAGAACUCUAACUCUACCCUAAAAAACACUGGAGACAGAGCUGAAAGCAAGGAUAGUGACAGAGAACGUUCUGAAAGUUCAACCUUGCCGUAUGAUCUCCGGAAAGCUGGAGAAAGAGCAGGAGAAAAAGCAGGACAAAACAAAGCUUGCGACAAACCUAGUGUAUCCCCAUUGUCCCCCGAGUCUGAGAUGGAGGGUGUCAGAACACGCUCACGGAAGAGCGAUAAAUGCCUUUAUAGUGAUAGCCCUAGUUGUGUGUCUCCAUUAACUCUUACAGAAAAUGAAACAGACCAGUCAAGUUUCUCUUUAGCUAGAAUGUCAGAUUCAUAUAAAACUCUACAUCAGACAAGUGCAAUUCUGGAAUAUCUGAGCCUUCCUGGUUUCGUUGAGAUGAGUGUAGAUGACCCUGUUGAUGAAAAUAGCACUUCAGCAAGCUCAGAGCAGAGGUCUGGUAAUCUUUUGCGAGAGGAACCGGACGUAGUUCUGAAGCACUGGGAAGUUCAUGACUCUGAUAGAGAAGUAAGUAAACAAUGCACUGUCAUUUUAGAGAACAACUUCCUUGAAACUACAGUUCAAGGUUCAGGCCAGGAGGAUAGAAGAUUUUCAGUUCUGAAACUUGAGGACUCUACAGUGAAAGAGAUGAUGCCAGACAAAAGCCCCAGGCAGCUAGCUAGUUUACAAGAACAAGGUGAGCAGGUUUAUUGUGAAAGGUCACAGACACAUCUUACAGAAAUAAAGUCAACGUUGGAGGUGCAGAAAGCUACCAAAUCAGCUUUGGCGAUCACUGCCACGGAUGCGGUGUCUAACGCCCCGGAUCCACUUACGAAGAGACAGGAACCUGUGCUACCCCAAACCCAGAGAUGUGAGACUCAGGACUACAGUGCUAAUAAUGUGGCAGCUAGGAGGUAUCCACCCCCAGUACAUUUCAUGAAGAAGUCAUUGAGCAUGGGCCCAAGCAGAUCGAGCUAUACGGCAAGGGUGCACUGUCCUCAGCUAAAAAAAUCCACCAGCUUAGGAUCGCAAAGAUGGGAACAUUCAGAGAUCCCUCAGAAUUACAGCUACGAAAAACAUUACCAGGAUGAAUUCCUGCACCCAGAUGUUAAAAUCAAGUCUUUAAGCUUGGGACGCAGUUAUGCACAUUCCUCCUCCUCCAGACAAAGCCAGUUUCACCAAGAAUCUGUCCCAUUCCGACCUCAAAGCCGCCCUGACCUCAAGAGCUCUCCUCUGGCAAAGAUGUCUCUAACAUCUCCAUCUCAGCUGGCUGUUGUACCUUUAGCUAAGGACCCACAGAGUCAGCCAUACCCACUAGCCUCCGGCAGAGCACAUUACCUCGAUCCGCGGCGACAGGCCACCGCCCUUCCCGAUGCAUCACGUUGGCCCGUCACUCAUCACGAUGCCCUGAGGUCUGUGCAGCACAGGACGGCUCUUCAUGAAUACCCGGCCCACCAGAUGCCACCCCGGCCUGCGGUGAGAAGGGACUAUCUGCGACCACCUGACUCAAAACAAGGACUCCACAGAGCCUUCCUGCCCCGGGGCUACAGCUGGCCUUCACCCUACACCGCCCCAUUUGCCCACCGGGAGUCAGAAUGGUACAUGGGGAGGGAGGCUGAGUUGGACGUUAGGGAGUGCAGAGAUGGGAAAGAGGGGAGGGCCAGCUAUGCCAGUCAGAGCAGUGGGAGGGGCAGCAUGGGGCCCUGUUACACCCAAGCCCUGCUCCGUCAGUCCCUGUCCCUCACCCCCACCCUCGCCAGCUCCCCAGAAACAACAGAGGAGACUAAGAGGCACAGUUUCAUGGCAGACAUGCUCAAAAGUAGGCCAACCAAAAGGGGAAACACAUCGGUAGACGAGAGCUAUGAAUGGGAUGAAGUGGAUUUCCGAGUGGAUUCCAACACCCUAGGGGCAGCAAGCGCCACCCACAGCUAUGGGGGGCAGGGAGGGGUCAGGGGGGAGCGAUUGAGAGGUCAACCUCACUCCGCUGUCAGCUUCAGGGAGCUCCAAAGCAAAGACAUGCCAGCCUUGCCCCACUUAGACCCUUUUGCCCGGCCUGGCCCGCCUAUGCCUCCCCCUCCACGGGGCCCGUAUGGCCACUCUCUCACUGAGGCCCGCUUCAAUGCCCUUCGCCUGGAAUACCAGGAGUACCGCCGCGCUCAGGAGUCUUCCUUCUCGCACGGCCCUCACCUGAUCCCUGACCCUGACUCCGACCCUGACUCGAACACAGCGUUGCUCUGACAUUUGCCACAUUCCAUCUGUCUGCCCUCCCCUUUUCCUCCCUUCCUCUCCGCUCUGUCACCAGCUGCUCACUUGUCCUCCUAGUGUAGCAGGAAUAGCUUCCCAGUGCAGGUUUCUCCUAUCCAACUGGCCUAUGUCAGUUGUACAUCCAUUGGGCUGUUGGUUAGUUCUUUCACCUCAGCUUGUUCACUCCCUUCUCACUAUAUGUGCUCUUAUUUUACUUCAAAGCCUCAAGUGACUUACAUUCUCCUAAUAACACUGUGUCAGACCAAAAAUAUCUUCAAUGAAAGGAGCAGACUCACACAUAAUGCAAGAUGUUCUUUUUGCAGUACUUGUUCUGCUAAUUGUGUGUCAGAACCCGUCAGGGAAAGGCCAGAUUUUGAAUUGUCUGUAUACAGGCUCAGUCUGAAUAAGCCCAGAUUUUUUUAUGUCUUAUAACGGGUAACAUGACAUUGAAUUCAUAGUUUUCCGAGACUUCAGGUGGUCCUGUGUUUAAUAAUGGUUGUCUUAAAGGUUUAAGCUAGACCAAACAUCCUCUUCACCAUUGAUUGUGAAGACAAACUGACACACUUCCUGAUUGGUUCUCUUGAGGCCCACAGCAAGCCUGGAGUCUGAGAGACCGGUCUUCCCUGGUUUUUUUAAGCAAGAUCAUUUUACUUAAAGGUUCUGUUCUUUCGCCUCUGCUGUCAAUGAACUUUGAGUCAGAAGAUAUGGGGGAUGCGAAAACUAAAACGCAGGAUGGACUUCUAGCACUGCUUAAAUGGUAUUUUUUGACAGCAAUACAAAGGGAAGUUCUGUAUAUUCUGCAGAAAAUGAAGUCAACUGAGGUUCUAGUAGCAUUUUUGGGAUAAAGCUAAAGGAAACACCAAACAGGUCAAUGGAAAACUUUUACAAAAAAUAUAGGAAGUGUUCAUGGACAGUGAAAAACUGGAAGACCUCCUCUCCAAAUGGAACAUGAAGAAUAUGACUUUACAUUGGUAUCUCCACUGUGGUCUCUGUGUGGUAUUUUCAGUCCAAGCUGCACAGUCUUUGAUAAUACUGCCCACUCUUCACUGCAUUUUCCAGUCAUUGUGCCUGGAUGGUUGGUAACAACCAUUUACAGGAGAGCUUUAAAUGAGUAAAAAGCCAUAACGGGGUCUAGUCAUUUGUUCGUAAAAAAUGGUUUGUGUAGUACGUGUUCUCACCUAUUGUCUCUUUUCGCUUCUUAUUUUGAAAAUCUAAAAUCUCACUCAUCUGGUAUAUUCAGUAUAAUUGAUGGCACUGACUCAAUCUCAUGGACCUGCCCUGUGCACAAAAUCUUCACAACAUCAUCUUCACGACAUUAUCUUCAUAACAUCAUCUCCACAACAUCAUCUCCACAUCAUCUCCACAACAUCAUCUCCACUACUCAUUGUUCAAUUGUCCUAUUCACAGAUCAGCAAUAUUUUUAAGUACAGUUUUUACUGUACUUAAAGUAGAGGUAUUUCAUAGUACGGAGACCCAGCAGAUUAUUUUAAAGAGUGUUUUAACUUCUCCUUCCCACUGAUAAGUGCUAAAGAAGGCAGGACACUAGCCUGGAACAAGCAGAGUAGGUGGUCUCUGUUUUUGUGUUAUGUCUCUAGAUUGGCAUUUCCUUAAAUGGUAUUUAAAACAGUUAAGAGGUGUAAGAGAUCAGUGAUGCAGAAGCUUUAAAUGACAUGCAUUUUUAUAGUAACAGUUUAUUUGUUUACUCAAGUAAGCAGCUGUGGGCUUACCCUGCCCUCUAUCUGUGAGUACCUGUCAGUGCAUUCCAGUGAAUAUAUUUUCAGUGUAACCUUACCCAUAGUAGGUCAUAGGUGAUCAGUAUUGAAUCAGCUACAUGGAUGUCAUUGUUACAGUUAUCUAUGGAGUUUCUAACAGCAAGUGUAUUUUGACAGAGUACAGUACAGUUUGAUGGUUUACAGUUACAGUGAUGUGAACCCUUUUACUUUGGGUCUGUCCUCUUUUAAGAUUCGUCCUCAAACUCAUUGUCCCCUUAUUUACAUAGAAAAAGCAUCAAGUCAAAUGUUUAUUUACAGGGCUUUUGAGCUCUCGUUAGCCGAGCUAAGAAUCUUCACGAGGUAUCGCGCAAUCCCUAAAGCAGAAUACACAGAUACGUCCAGUGGUUUGUCUGUUAUUUAUGAAAUGCAUUUAUCAUUUUAAAUCAAAGCUCACACCCUUACCUGUGAAUUUCUUCAUUGGCCUCUACGGUUUCAUUGUUGUACAUAACACAAAUUUACAGUGAAUGAAAUCAGAUCCUGUCCAUCUUAAUUUAGGAUGUUCGUAUUUAAUGCAAGGUCGUGCCUUUUGGGAAACAUUGUUUAUGAUGAUAUAAAACAUGAAUGGCAAUAUAGGUUGUCAAAAACAACAUUUGUUAUAAACUUCAAUUAGUAUGCAUUGAUCUGAAAUUAUGGUCUAGAGUUCCAAUUCUCCAAUGAUACAUACGUAAAUAAAAGACAAAUAAUUGUCACACCAUGUUUUGUACAACAAUAGUAUAUUGUUAUUGUAAUCUUUCAUUGACUGUUAAAUCUUAUCACAGUGUCACAUCUUUUAAUCAUCAUCAUUAUCAUCAAGAAGAACAUUGUUAUAUAUUUAUUAGCGUAUUUGCUGCAAAGGUUUCAAUAUGCAAACAAAGGUGAUGUAAAUGUGCACUCAUUUUUGUCAAGCACUGUGAAUGUUUUUACUGCAGUGUUGGUGAACUGUACCUCUUUGCUGGUGAACAGUCGUCUCUCUCACGUUGAAUUUCAUGUUUUGUAUAUGUAUAUUUUUAAAUUAUAUUUUGUUGUCCACUUAUUUUGCAGAUAAUCAUUUGAAAAUAUGGUCUUUUUCUGUACUGGAAUGAUUUGCAAAGUAGGAUUUUGUAUUAAUUGUUUUUAAAGAAAACAUUUUAAAAUAAAAAAAAUGUAAUUCUGAUAUUUAAAAUGUACAUUUUGUAUUGUAUUUAGAAUAUCUGCAUUUUUACAUUUUUUUAAAUGAUUUUUCAGGUUUUGUACAAAACAAAGGUGAAUAUUUUGUUUUUAUUUGUUUCUGUCGAUGUCAUGUUGUACAUAGUGUCCUUGUUCGUUUGUAAAAGAUAAUAAAUUCAUACAUUUACUUGA